AUGAAGGUCUUCUCCAACUCGGUCACCUUCAACUACUCCUGGGAGGAGGUUUCGAUCGCCAACUGGCAGAAAUACGGACCCUGGAACGACAAGUCGGCCCAUGUCAUCGCCGUCGACACCCUGAACCGCCAUGUCGACCCCGAGACUGGCGUGCUCCGCACCGAGCGCCUCAUCACCUGCAAGCAGUCCGCCCCCGAGUGGCUGAAGUCCCUGAUGGGCUGCACCGAGACCAGCCAGGUCUUCGAGACCAGCUACGUCAACCCGGCCGAGCGGACCGUCACCAUGGUCUCGCAAAACGUCACCUGGUCGAACCUGGUCAACGUCCAGGAGACUGUCGUCUACAAGCCCCUCAACGCCGGCCAGACCCAGUUCGUUCAGGACGCCAGGAUAACAGCCCUCUGCGGCGGCUGGCAGCGAAUCAAGAACAGCAUCGAGGACACCCUCGUCACGAGGUUCAGGGAAAACGCCGCCAAGGGCAAGGAAGGCUUUGAGUGCGUGCUUGCCAUGAGCCGUAGAGCGUUUGCCGAGGAGCGCGAGAAGGCCGCUGCCAUGAUGGCGUAG